AGCCCCGGCCCUGCGCUGCGCUGCACUUCCCGCCGCGGGAGCGGAGCCGCAGCGCCAGCCCCGCCUCCGCCACCACCACACCGCACCGCACCGCACCGCACCGCAGCCCACAGGCAGCGCAUGGAGGCGGCCGGCGCGGGGGCCGCUGCUCCGGGCGGGGCCGCCGGCCUCCUGCUGCGGCUCCGGGACAAGCUCCUCACGUGGCAGAUUUUGAAAACUGUCGCCUUGGGUCAGAUGCUUUCCUUAUUUAUCUGUGGGACUGCUGUGACAAGCCAGUAUUUAGCAGAACAGUACGAAGUCAACACUCCAAUGCUCCAAAGCUUUACCAACUAUUGUUUGCUUCUUCUAGUUUAUACAACGAUGUUGGCACUUAGGACUGACAAUGAAAGCUUUCUACAGAUUCUGAAGAGGAGAUGGUGGAAAUAUAUUUUGUUGGGAUUAGCUGAUGUUGAAGCGAAUUAUAUGAUUGUAAAGGCUUACCAAUACACAACCCUAACAAGUGUUCAGCUACUGGACUGUUUUGGGAUCCCUGUGUUGAUGGCUUUGUCCUGGUUCAUUCUUCGUGCAAGAUACAGACUGAUCCAUUUUAUUGCUGUUGCUGUUUGUCUUCUGGGUGUAGGAACUAUGGUCGGAGCAGACAUAUUAGCUGGGAGGCAGGAGGGUGAAGACUCCCGACGUGAUGUUGAAGUCACAGGAUGCUCUUCUACCUGUACUUCUUGUCCUGCAAAACGAAGUAACGUGGUGAUUGGAGAUGUCUUAGUUCUUCUUGGUGCUUCUUUGUAUGCCAUUUCUAAUGUGAGUGAGGAGUACAUUGUGAAAAAUCUGAGCAGAGUGGAGUUUCUAGGAAUGGUGGGCUUGUUUGGGACCAUUAUCAGCGCUCUACAGCUAGCCAUUGUGGAAUACAGGGACAUAGCUAGAAUUCAGUGGAACUGGAAGAUUGCGUUGCUCUUCAUGGCUUUUGCCCUGUGUAUGUUUGGGCUGUACAGCUUCAUGCCAGUAGUGAUUAAAGUGACCAGUGCCACUUCAGUCAACCUGGGCAUCUUGACAGCUGAUCUCUACAGUCUUUUCUUUGGACUCUUCCUGUUUUGCUACAAGGCUCCGAGACAGCCCAGUCUGCCUGGAAGGCGUCUGGAGUCCAUGAAUCUACUGCUGCUCAGAGCGGUCUCAUGCGGACUUCUGUCUCCAACCCCAGGUUGUGAAGGAUUUUCAAAAGGAAAAGUUGUCUUGGGAAAGAGACCCUGGACCUUCUGGAAAGUUUUGUAAUUCUACCCUUUGCCAAUUCCUGAAUUUCUUCUGCACACUAAACUACCACAAAUACAAGGAACGGAGGAAGGAAGAAGAUAUUAAAAGAGAUUCAUUAUCAGAGCUGAGGGUUUUCACAACAGUUCUAAUAUAUUGGCUGGAGCUCUCACAAAUAAACUUGCACAUCUGGAAGUGAAUAAACUUUCCUACCCACAAGCAGUAGUAAACUAUAACAGGGUUUAUUCAAUAGAAAAAAGGGGACACAUAACCGUUAGAGUUAGUCUUUAAGGGUGUUUUUUACAUGUGCUCUGGGAGUGGGAAGGGGCUCUUUAAUUAGAGCAGCUCUCGUGUAUCAGUGUCCCUAUGCUUCAAAAUGAAGGUGGAGGCACGUUCAAGCUUUAGUAAAAGCGCCCCCCCCACCCCCCCCAUUUGAAGCUCGGGGAUGCUGAUACAUGAGACACAGAGGCUGACUGGAGCUGGACUAAUUGAGUCUACACCGAUGCGCUGUAAUUACAGCACAUUGGAGCAGCCUCCUGGAUUGUCUACAGGCAGCCUAAGGUGCCACCCUGUCCUGCCUUCUGUCUGACUUCAAGCUAACAUGGCUAAUCUCUAUAACCUUUAGGGAAAUCCUUAAAAGUUAAUUACUAGCUCACCCCAGCCAACUAUUGACAACUUACCCCAGUCACUGCUAUCAGAGCUCUUUCCCAUUCUACACAGGGUAAACUUCAUAACUAAUUAGGCAAGCUACUAGCUCCAACCUCUUCCCUGUCCCCAGGAUGAUACAGAUUAUCCCUUCAAAGAUGGAGACAUUCUUGAUCUCUUACAAAACAAAUCGAGAUGAGCUCUAUUACCUAGCCCAGCCACUAGGUGUUGCCACUACCAUCCAGAGGCCAUACCAGCAAAAGAGGCAGGUGUUAGGUCAACCAGAGGUGGGUAGGGGCUUACACCAAAGAUUACAAUCCAUUUUACCAUCAACCGUUGCUACCACUGCUGCUCCUUACUUCUCUUCAGGCUGCAUGUAGAACCCUAGGUCUUUUGGCCCUAAGCUGCAUAGCAACAGAUUCAAACUUUAGCUCAAUUUUUGGAACAAAUGGGAAAUAGGCUUCAACCUAAACAUACAACAGGAAUUAAUCUCUACAAAUACUUUUUCCCUCAAUACUUAGUGGCAAAUUGAAAUGCCAUUCACCAAGAACAGCUCAUAAUCAAUCCGCUCUGCAGUGGGCAUAUGCACAUGUAACUCUUCUGCUGGGUACCAGUUGGCAGCAAAAAGGACUGGGUUCACAUUUUUGGGAUACCUUCUGCAUUGCAAAGGGCUCCAUUGCUCCUAGAGACAUGGUGGAGCACUGACCUCCACUUCUGCAUGGUGGCUUUGAGUGGUUAACUGCAGCAUUUGUCAGUAUACUGUACCCCAAAGUUCCUAGUCCCAAUCUGAGCUCUAAUGGGCAGAAAACUGUAAAAGAACAAUGGUCUGGACACAAUGAGAGGGAAGGAGGUGGACCUCUUCCAGUCCCCCUCCCCCCCCAAUAUAUAACAGCCAAAAGCACACACUUUACCAUACACAACCCCAAGUGUGUGCAGGUGUUACAUGAGUCGCUUUUCUGCACAUAGGACAACUCUAAUGCACAAUAAAGCGUCACUGUCUACACAUGCGCUGGACUUGCUGCACACUAAAUUAAUCUAAUGCGCCAUUUGCUAGUACAAAUGCAUAGACCCACUCCCUGCAGCAGGUGCUACACCCAACCGCUUCACACAGGCCUGCGGGGCUGGAGCCACUGCCUGGAGAUGUGGGGCUCCCAGCUCUGACCCCAGGCAGGGCAGGAUGUGCUGGUACUGGGGUUGGGUCCCCCUCUCCCCCACAUCUGGUCAUGUGCCACUCCCUCCAAACACCAGGGCAGCCCAGCAGCAGGCUGCUGCAGCAGGGGGGAGGGGUGUGAAUGCAGCCAGGGAAGAAAGGCAGAGUGCGUCACCAUGUGCUUCCUGCUGCUGAUCCAGGGGCAUGCACCCCCCAGGAAGAGCCUGGAACAGGCCCCCCAGCCCAUAGCACUCCCAGGUGGCAUAUAUCAGCAAGAGCCAUGCCCCCCCGCCCCAUGCCCACUGACAACUCCCCCGCUUUGCUCCAUGCUGCAGCCCCGGGAGCAGCCGAUGAGCUGUGCUAUGCCUCUCCCCCUGCCCCUUUCCUAGCCUUACUCCCUCCCUUCCUCAUCAUCAGUUUUUCCCCGAUUUAAACUGAUUUUUUUCCUUUUCUUCUUUUUAUCCUGAUUUCAUCCUGGUUUUUGUUUCAAAGAUAAACCCUGAAAAAUUCCCAGAUUAUUAUUUUUAAUAAAAACUGAGAAUGUGGAACACUAAUUAUUCUUAUCUGCUAUCACAGUGUAUGAAUAAAAUUCACCUAUUAUUGAA